AUGCUAGUCCUCGAGGAGGAGGCGGAUUCUCGCCGUGACGUGUUACGCCAGCGCCGGCUCAACGAUAAACAUUACGUUUACGACCGCGUCUUUUCAGAGGAGAGCACUCAAGAAGAUGUGUAUCAAGCUAUAUGUGCACCGCUUGUUGGUGACACGCUGAACGGUAUAGCGGGGGCUGUGUUUGCCUACGGGGCUACUGGCGCCGGCAAAACGCACACAAUGACGGGUCUUAUGUCCAGAGCUCUCAGCCAUCUCUUCACUUCCAUCGCUGAAAGCGACGCACCUGAUUCUUAUGAGGUCAAAAUGUCUUACAUCGAGAUCUACAAUGAAAACAUACGCGAUUUACUAAAUCCCGGCGCAGGUGCCCUUGAAUUGCGCGACGAAGGAGGGACUGGUCCCCCUGUAGUAGCGGGACUGAGCGAGGUGCGUGCUCUCGACGCUACGCAUGUAGCCGAGCUUCUCGCAAGGGGUGAUCGUUCCCGGACUGCUGAAUCAACUCAUGCGAAUCAACAUUCGUCAAGAGGACACGCUUUGUUAAGUAAAUCAGUAUCGAAAGGCAUUCAACGUGGUCGGUUGUUCCUCAUCGAUCUUGCGGGUUCGGAGCGUGCAGGCUUGCGCGCACGUCGUCUUGAGGGAGCACACAUCAACCGCUCACUACUCGCACUGGGAAAUUGUAUUAUGGCGCUUUCCGGAGGUGCAAGAUAUGUAAACUAUCGCGAUUCGAAGUUAACACGUCUCCUGCGAGAGGUGUUGGGCGGGCGCUGUCGCACCGCCAUGGUGGCGCACGUGUCGCCCGCGGCCGCGCACCGCGACACCACGCGCUCGACACUUCACUACGCGCAGCGCGCCUCCGCUAUUACUAACAAGGUUGAACGUGAACUCAUUGAAACUCCGAUGCAUUUGUCACAGUACCGCACCGUCAUACAUGAACUCAGGGAGGAAAUAGCCCGACUUAAAACAAAAAUGAAAGAUGAUCGAUCACAGAGUCGGGAAGAGCAACAGAAACUUGAUGAAGCAAUUUCUAAAGAAGAUUCGGAAGAAAAAUCCGCUCACUUAAAAUCUCUUCGUGAAGCCAUAGUCUCUACGUUUAAACAGCAGAUGAGAUUACGGAGACGGUUGAUGGAGUUAGACAGCCAUUUGUUGGGGCUCGCGUUAGACGCGGAGAGGCAACAUGCGGUUAUAUCGCAUUGGGAAGCUCGUUUCAAUCGAUUAUAUAAACCGAUUAGUUUCACCGGCUCUAGGCUUAGUACCCAACAAAGCUACAGAGGGGGCACGGCGUCGACGGCGAGCGGCGGCAGCGGCGGCGGCGGCGGCGGCGAGCGCGCGGAGGCGGAGGUGGCGGUGGAGCAGGCGUGGGCGGAGCUGGCGGCCGUGGAGCGCGAGCAGGAGGCGGCGCGCGGCGAGCGCCUGCGCGUCGAGCGGCAGCUCGAGCAGGUGCGCUUGCGAGGCGCGCAGCUGGAACAGGAGCUACCGGCGCACAUAGCGAGCGGGCCGGAGCGCGAGGUGCUGGCGCUGGUGUGCCGCGUGCACGAGCUGGAGGCGGACAAGCUGGCGCUGCAGGGCGAGCGCGCCGCGCGCGCGCACGAGCUGCGGCGCCGCGACCUCGCCAUCCAGCGCCGCGACGCGCAGCGGCGGCUCACGGACGAGAUCAUCACCAGGCAGCGACGAGCGCUUGAAGAAUGCGGUAUUGGAGUUCAACCAGACUUAGUACAACUUUAUGAGCUCUAUCAGCAGGAGAUUCACGCUUCCACGUACACGGAGGGUACUGAUUACUACUCCCCGUAUCGCUUACCGCCUAUCUCUACUAGUAUGUCAGAGCUGGCGUGGUCGGAGAGCUCGAGCGGGUCGGGGCGCGGCUCCAGCUCGGGUUCUGGCGGCGCGCUGGCGCUGGACCAGCGCUUGCCGCAGCUUGCGCCCACGCCGCGACCACGGACUAGAUACAGUCAUGCAAGCGCUACUACACUUAAGCGUUACUCCAGCGAUGACAGCCUCGUGAUAACAGCCCCGCUCCGCGCGCACCACCGCGCCGCGCCC